AACAAAGACGAAAACUAGAAGAAAUAGAGGCGAAAAAUAAAGAGAAUUUUGAACUUCAAGCUGCUCAGGAGAAAGAGAAGCUAAAAGCUGAAGAUGAUCCCGAGGUCCCGAUGGAGCCCCCGAGUGCCACCACCACCACCACCAUAGGUAUAUCUGCAACUUGGACCACCUUAGCAGGGUCCCACGGGAAGAGGAACAACACCAUCACCACGACCAGCUCCAAAAGGAAAAACAGGAAAAACAAAGUGACCCCUGACAACGUUCAGAUUAUAUUUGAUGACCAGCUCCCAAUUUCCUAUAGCCAACCGGAGAAAGUGAACGGCGAAUCGAAGAGCAGCAGCACUAGUGAAAGUGGUGACAGUGACAAUAUGAGGAUUUCCAGCUGUAGCGACGAGAGCAGCAAUAGCAACAGCAGCCACAAAAGUGACAAUCAUUCUUCCACGGCCGUUACUAACACGCAGAGCAACAAAAAGCAGCCAUCGGUUCUUGUCACUUGUCCGAAGGAUGAGAGGAAAGCAGUUACCAGCAAAUCAUCCAUCAAGUUGUCUGAAGUUAUAAGUGAGGUGACGAGCAAUUCCUUGUCUACUUGCACAAAGUCUGGUCCUUCUCCCCUUUCUUCUCCAAAUGGAAAGCUAACCAUUGCCAGUCCUAAACGUGGCCAGAAGAGGGAAGAAGGAUGGAAGGAAGUGGUGAGAAGAUCCAAGAAGGUUUCUGUUCCAUCGACUGUAAUUUCCAGAGUGAUUGGCAGAGGAGGGUGUAACAUCAACGCCAUCCGCGAGUGCACGGGAGCGCACAUAGACAUCGACAAGCAGAAGGACAAAACUGGAGACAGAAUAAUAACCAUCAGGGGUGGCACAGAAUCAACAAGACAGGCCACGCAGUUGAUCAAUGCUCUGAUUAAGGAUCCCGAUAAGGAAAUCGAUGAACUUAUUCCAAAGAACCGUUUGAAAAGUUCAGCUGCGAACUCCAAAAUAGGGUCCUCGACACCCGCCGCCACCACAGCUGCUAACAGUUCCCUCGUGGGCAUCAAAGUCACCACCGUAGCUGCUUCGUCGACAUCUCAGACUGCCUCCGCGCUCACCGUGCCUGCAAUUUCCUCAGCGUCCACUCACAAAACCAUCAAGAACCCCGUGAACAACGUGCGGCCUGGUUUCCAAGUCUCUCUCCCGUUAGCGUAUCCUCCUCCGCAGUUUGCACACGCUUUACUGGCUGCUCAGACUUUCCAGCAGAUCCGUCCGCCUCGGUUGCCCAUGACCCACUUCGGAGGUACUUUCCCACCAGCUCAGUCCACGUGGGGUCCGUUCCCCGUCAGGCCCUUGAGCCCCGCAAGAGCUACCAACUCACCGAAACCUCACAUGGUGCCUCGCCACAACAGCCAGAACAGCAGCGGCUCUCAGGUGAAUUCAGCCAGUUCUUUGACGACGAGUCCGACGGUGACGACGAGUUCAGUGGCUUCUACUGUGCCUGGUUCUUCUGCGAAUGGCAGCCCAAGCUCACCCUCGGUCAGAAGACAGCUUUUCGUCACGGUGGUGAAGACAUCCAACGCCACGACGACCACGGUGACGACCACGGCGAGCAACACGAGCACAGCGCCCACCAACGCCACGUAUCCAAUUCCUACUGCCAAAGAACACUACCCCGCAUCUUCCCCGUCAUCUCCUUCUCCUCCCGCCCAGCCAGCGGGCGUUGCCAGGAGCAGUCCUUCCGACUGCACGGCCACCUCUCCCAAUAAAGGUGCACCUUCGUCUGAUCCGGAAGCGGGUAGUCCUCCAGCGGUGGAAACGAGCAGCUCGACCAGCAGUAGGCAGCCCAGUUCUGGUACCGGCACCUCAUCCGCGCACCCUGCUCAUCAGCAGCCUCCGGGAGCUCCUCUGCAAGAGGCACGACCCCCUCUUCAGCAACCUCAGGUUCCUGCACCAGAUCCUCGCAUGGUCGUGCCUCCAAAUCUCGUGGCGACGAGCUCGGCUGCUCCUGUGGCAGGUCCAACCAACGCCCCGAUGACCUACCCCAUGUCUCAGACCUCCAUGGGGUCUUCUCAGCCCGCGGCCAAGAUGGAAACCCCGGCCAUCCGACCGCCUGUCCACGGGACUGGGAGCGUCCAUAAGAACCCAGCUCCUGUGCAAAACUCCUCUGUUGCAGUCCUCAACGUUAAUCACAUCAAAAGGCCCCACAGUGUUCCUUCUUCCGUGCAGCUUCCUUCUACCUUAAGUACACAAAGUGCUUCUCAGAAUUCAGCCCAUCCCGCAAACAAGUCCAUGGGUAACAACUUCAGUGCUACCUUACCCUUUGGGCCCUUUAGUACGUUGUUUGAGAACAGUCCCACCUCUGCUCAUGCCUUCUGGGGCGGUUCCGUCGUCUCCUCCCAGACGACGCCGGAAUCUAUGCUGUCAGGAAAGUCUUCAUUUUUGCCAAAUUCAGAUCCUUUACAUCAGUCGGAUACUUCCAAAGCCCCAGGUUUUAGGCCACCGUUACAGAGGCCAGCUCCAAGUCCCUCAGGUAUUGUCAGUAUGGACUCCCCCUACGCUUCUGUGACCCCUUCUUCUACGCACCUGGGGAACUUCGCCUCCACGCUCUCGGGGGGUCAGAUGUACGCGCCGGGGACGCCCCUGGGCGGAGCGCCCGCAGCUGCUAACUUCAACAGACAGCAUUUCUCCCCGCUCAGUUUACUGCCUCCAUGUUCAUCAGCAUCAAACGAGUCUCCUGCUCAGUCGGUGUCUUCUGGAGUACGAGCGCCAUCUCCCACCCCCUCAGCCGUGUCCUUGGGAUCAGAGAAGCCCAGUACUGUUUCUCAGGACAGAAAAGUUCCUGUCCCCAUUGGGACCGAACGCUCUGCACGUAUUAGACAAACUGGAACUUCCACCCCCUCUGUCAUCGGGAGCAAUUUAGCUGCUCCGGUGGGACACAGUGGGAUCUGGUCCUUCGAAGGUAUAGGUGGUAAUCAAGACAAAGUGGACUGGUGUCACAGCGGGAUGGGCAGCCACAUGAUCCACAGGCCCAUGUCGGACCCGGGGGUCUUCUCGCACCAAGCCAUGGAGAGAGACAGCGCGGGCAUCGUAACGCCUUCCGGUACAUUCCAUCAGCCCCUUCCUGCAGGAUACAUGGACUUCCCAAAAGUCGGGGGUAUGCCUUUCUCUGUGUAUGGGAACGCGAUGAUGCCUCCUGUAGCCCCCAUCGCAGAUGGUACUGGAGGCCCUAUCUUCAACGGGCCUCAUGCUGCUGACCCAUCUUGGAACUCGCUGAUAAAGAUGGUUUCAAAUUCCACAGAAAACAACGGGCCUCAGACGGUGUGGACUGGAACUUGGACACCUCACAUGAACAGCGUGCAUAUGAACCAACUGGGCUGAGUGGGAUCAACGUGCGAGCCUCCAGAUUCCCUUUUUUGCAGAGGAAAAAACACAAAACGGCAGAAACAGUUUAUGUGCUCCCAGAUCAUUCUACUGAUGUGCUUGACUGAAGUGUGUAGGCUUUUUGCAGAAGAACUUACUAACUGACCUUUUUCUGUGAACAUUGUGACCGCCCAUUCCCCACCAUCAUACGUUUCAACUUAGUUAGCCUUUCUUCUUUCCUUUCCUCUUUUUUUUUUUUUUUUGACAUAACUUUCUGUUGAAGCUGUUCUUUGGCUGGUUGGUUUUAGUACUGUAAACUGCUUCUGAGCAAACACAGAAAUUUAGCAAAAUUAUGUAAACUUGAUCCUGAAGUUUUAGAAUGGCAAAUAAAUGUACAAUUGUUUACAUAACAAAUGGCUAAGCAGAAAGUAAAUUUCAAUAUGUCAGUAUAGAGGCUCUACUUUAUGUAGACUUAAAUUAAUGUGAGAUAUGUACCUUCAUAUUCAGAAAUCUGGAUGUUUCCUUCAUACAUUAAACUAUUAAUAAGCAUAA